GGUUGCCUACGUUAGGCACUCUCCUCUACGCGUCGCUCCCUUUCGCAUCUUCUCAGAUCGCUCUGGAUGGCUAUUAGGGUGUUGCUAACGCGCUGCCAGUUCUCGUCGGACUCCGUCUGUGUGUGUGUGUGUGUGUGUGUGUGCCUGGCGUUUCUUUUGUGGAUUAUUACGCCCUCUCGCACACUCUCUCUCCCCACUCACUCACACUCACCUAAGAGGAGGAGAGCGAACAGGCCAGCAAGCUGCCAGAGUCCUCGCCUCGCCACACAGCUCUUCAUCACCUGCCUAACACCACUUCCUCAUCAUCAUCAACCUCUCCCCCACGUACGUUCCAUCAACUGGAUGCUGUCUAUGAGAAAGGAACGAGCAUAUCAGAGCAGAAAUUGCGAUUAUUUUGGAUUUAUAAAAAGUUUUGAAAAUGAACAGUUUGGCCCGAGGGCCGAGGCCCUGCGUCUCCCUGUGUGGUUGCCUGGAAAGCUCGACUAAACGGCAACAACAACCCUAUCUUCCCAGUAACGUUCGCGACAGCAACAGCAACAACAGCAACUCCAACUCCAAGAAAAGCAGCAGAAACAACACCGCUGCCUGCACGUUACCAGGCACUAUUGGAAGUACUUUGGGCCGCCCGCGCAGUGCGGCCGCCCAAUUUUUUGCGUCUGCAUGGAGUCAAUGAGACGUAACGAGGCGAACACUAGCCACCACCCGAAUAAGGUGGCCCUGAAUAGCAGCAAGGUAGCAACGGAAAGCAAUAUUAAGAGUAACAAAUUGUUAGCUAAUGUAAGUGCAGCGAACGCAGCAACAAUCCAGACAGCGGCAGCAGCAGCAGCAGCAGGAACAGCGACGGCAACAACGGGAAACGCGACGGCUGCGACAACAACGAAUCAAACGUUGAAUUACAAUAACAAAGGGAAGGUGACGGCACCGGCAGCGAAUAAUCAGAGGAGCAAUCACAACAACAGCAGCAGCAAGAAGCACACGAAGGCAACUGGAGCUGGAAAGACAACAGCCUCUUCCCACUCCACGGCGCUGUCAUCGUCGAGCAGCUCCAACUCGAGCGAGUCAAAGGACACGAACUUCGAGUACGAGGACGAGUGGAACAUCGGUGGGAUCCCAGAGCUGCUGGACGAUCUAGACGCGGACAUCGAAAAGUCUGCCGCGCAUUCGGGUGGUGGCAACCAGGCUACCUCGAUAAAUGCCAAGCAGGCAACCAGCUCCUCCUCCACAUCCACAUCCACCUCUGCAUCGGCGCCAGCCAAGGCGAGUGGGUCAUCGUCAUCAGCAGCAGCGGCAUCAUCGUCAUCGUCAGGAGCGUCAGCGGCUGCAGUACAUCACAAGUCGCACAAGACCACAUUGCAUAGCAAUUUGUCGGCCACAUCGCCAACCACAAUUAAGUUCACACGCCAGCCCGUCCCCAGUGGCACCGGGAGCAGUAGUGCAUCAGCAGCGUCGUCAACAUCCUCGAACGGGAACGGGAACGUUAGCGGCAAUAGCGGGAGCGGAAGCGGAAGCAACACAAACGUGGUGGCUAGCAAGGGCUCCUCUUCGGGCAAGCAUCAUCACCACCACCACCAUCACUCGAUAUCAUCUUCGUCCUCUACCUCGUCGAGCUCCAGCGGCGGCUCCAAGGGCUACAAAUCCGCUGUGGUGGCACAACUGAACAGUCCGAGUACACUCGGAAAUAGCCACAGCAGCGGGAGUCACUCCAAGGCACCACCUGGCGCAAGCUCAAGCGCCAGCGGAACCGGAACAGGAGCCGGAGCAAGCGCAAGAGCCGGAGCCGGCAGCACAUUGUCAUCCUCGACAUUUGCCGGCUUCUCGAAGGGAGGCAGCCUAGUAUCCUCUUCUACAGCGUCAGCGUCAGCCACAACCGCAGCCACAACCACAGCCGCAGUUCCAUCCGUAACUGGCAGUGGUCAGCAGGCCUCCAAAGUCUCCGCUGGCGGCAUGUCCUCGCAAACGGGCAGCGGCAGCGGCAGCAACACAAGCAACAACAGCGGAAGCGGCAGCGGGGGAGGAGGCGGCAACGCCAACAGCACCGGAAACAGCGUGAACAACAGCAGCGGCAGCGGAGGCAGCCUCAGCGGCCCAGUCGGUGGCCAGAGUUCGCAAGGCGGCAGCAGCUCCAGCGGUAAAUCGAGCGCAAAAAUGUCCAUUGAUCAUCAAGCCACGCUCGACAAAGGACUCAAAAUGAAGAUCAAGCGCACCAAGCCGGGCACCAAGAGCUCGGAGGCCAAGCACGAGAUAGUCAAGGCCACCGACCAACAGAACGGAGCCCUGGGAGUCAACUCGGCAGCCAAUUCCAACGAGGACGGGAGCACGGGCGCCAACAACGCGUCCUCCCUCUCAUCCAGCAACUCUUCGAGCUGCGCCAGCAGCGGCAACUCCUCCAGUAGCGGGAGCAGCAGCAGUGGCAACUCCUCGAGUAGCAGCAAGAAACACAUGAACAACUCCAGUGCUGGCAGCGGGUCCUCAUCCAAUGGCGCCCAGAACAGUGCCGGCCACAGCAGCUCGGCCAGCACGUCCUCGAGCAGCAGCCAGUCCACGCCCCAGGGCACAAAGAGGGGCAGCUCCGGGCACAGGCGCGAGAAGACCAAGGACAAGAACGCACAUUCCAAUCGCAUGUCCGUGGACAAGUCGGCCGCUGCCGCAUCGGCGGCCGGGGAGAAGGACAAGCCAGAGAAGAACUCUGGAUCUGGAUCGGGAUCAGGGUCGGUAUCGGGAACGGGCGCAUUAUCCUGCUCCUGCAGCGGUGACGUGGGCACGCCCUGCUCCCACCACGCCUGCUUCCGACGUGCCGCGCACAUGUCCAACUCCAAUUCCAAUUCCAGCGGCGGCAGCAGUUCGGCCAACGUGGCUGCUGCAGCUGCCUCCUCCAUGUCAGCUGUGCCGCCGGGGGUGUUUACACCGUCGGCCGGCUCACCCUCGGCGGGAUCUCCAUCGGCCGUCGUCCCAGCAGCCGCCUCUCUGCUGGCAGCCACAACGGCCGUCUCCUCCUCCGCCUCGCAGCUAUCCGGCAGCGCUGGCGGCGUCGGUGACGGCGUCGGCACUGGAGGACCGAAUGCACCGGGGCCGCCAGGCAAGGAAACCUCCGGCAGCAGCAUCAAGAUAUCCUCGCACAUCGCCGCACAGCUGGCAGCCGCAGCCGCAUCCAACAGCUACACCGGCCAGGGCCCUGGUCCGGGUCUGGCACAGGGACAGGGCGGCAGCGGGAGCGGCUCAAACUCCAACAGCAGUCAGAGCAGCUCCAGCAGCAGUGGCGACAGCAAGGCAUCGGCUGCGGCCCAGGCCAAAAUGAUGGCUCCGGGGAUGAUCUCAGCGACGGUCCACCACACGAUUUCAGUGCCGGCUGGCAGUGUUGGUGACGAGGACACCAAAUCCCCGCCAGCCAAGCGGGCUAAGCACGAGGCAAACAGCUCCGGCAGCGGCGGCAGCAGCAGCGGCAAGGAGAUGGUCGACAUAUGCAUCGGCACUUCGGUGGGAACCAUCACCGAGCCGGACUGCCUGGGGCCCUGCGAGCCGGGCACCUCGGUCACCCUCGAGGGCAUCGUUUGGCACGAGACCGAGGGCGGCGUCCUCGUCGUGAACGUGACGUGGCGCGGCAAGACCUAUGUGGGCACCCUGCUAGACUGCACCCGACACGACUGGGCUCCUCCAAGAUUCUGUGAUUCACCAACUGAAGAAUUAGAUUCUCGAACUCCAGAGGGUAACGGCAAGCGCGGACGCAGCGCCGGGCUCACGCCCGACCUGAGCAACUUCACCGAAACCAGAAGCUCGAUUUACUUCUCGCAUGCCCAAGUGCAUUCGAAGCUGCGCAACGGCACCGCCAAGGGCCGAGGAGCAACGCGCAGUGCCUCGGGGAAUGCGGCCACGAACAGCAACAGCGGAUCGUCGGGCAAUGGGGGUGGGGCCACGCCCAGCACAUCACCCACAGCAUUUCUGCCGCCGCGUCCGGAGAAGCGCAAGUCGAAGGACGAGGCACCGUCGCCGCUCAACGGCGACACGGACGGCGGUUCGGACCGGAGCAUGGUGAACGCCAGCGGCAUUCCAAUAUCGGCAAGCGGCGGUGGCCUGGCCACGCAGCCGCAGCGCCUGCUUAACCCAGUCACCGGACUCAACGUGCAAAUCAACACAAAAAAAUGUAAGACUGCCUCGCCCUGCGCGAUCUCCCCGGUGCUGCUCGAGUGUCCCGAGCAGGACUGUAGGAAGAAGUACAAGCAUGCCAAUGGGCUGCGCUACCACCAGUCGCACGCCCAUGGGCCUGGCGGCGGGGCCAGCUCGAUGGACGAGGACUCGAUGCAGGCACCGGAGGAGCCAGGCACGCCGCCCUCGCCAGGCGGCGCUGCAGCUGCACAGGCGACAACAGUAACAGGGGUACCAGAGGCACCCUCCACUUCCACAUCCACCUCCACCGCCAACGUUGCUGUUGUCAAUGGUGGAAGUGCUCCACCGGCGACAGGUGCAACGACAGCCGCAGCAGCAGCAGCUUCAGUCGCCCCGAUAGCUGCCACAUCCUCGGCGGAAACACCAGCUAUUCCCGCUCCACCAGCAGUCACUCCUCCCACUGCGACCCCCAUCUGCGCCGCAGCAACAGCGACGCCAGUUGGUCUGGCAGCAACAACUGAGGCUACCCCCGUCUCUGUGUUGCCCUUGGCAGCCAAUCUACCGCUGGCAGUCCCUGCAACUGCAACGGCAUCGACGGCGUCGUCGUCAGUGCCUCCACCAACACAGCCGCCGCCGUCGCAACAGCAACAACAUCAACAGCAGCAGCUGCACACUCCAGGCAGCAGUUCGGGGAGCAAACAGCCUGUCGCCGGGGGCGGCAUCACUGCUGGCAUCUCUGGCCAGGCUCUCUCCCACCACCAGCAACAGCUGAUGGGCGGUCUACCGGCCAUGCUAACGGAGCAGCAGCAUCAGGCGCUGCUCCAGCAAGGAGCCUUGAAAGCGGGAGUCCUGCGUUUUGUCCCACCCGAUGCCACUUCCCUGCAACAACAGCAACCAGGCCAGGUUCAGGUAAAUCCACAGACACAGCUGCAGUCGCCGCCGAGACCACCAAGCCAUGCCCAGGAUACGCAGCAGACACCAGCUGGCUACGCACAGCAGGCGGGGCUGAAGACCUCUCCAGGAUCCGGGUCUGUGGGCGUUGGCUCCAACAGCAAGCAGAAGAAGAACCGAAAGUCCCCCGGGCCAGGGGACUUCGAUGGUCGGGUGUCUCGCGAGGACGUGCAGAGUCCGGCCUACAGUGAUAUUUCGGACGACUCCACGCCCGUGGCCGAGCAGGAGCUGCUGGACAAGGCGGUUGGGCAGCCGGCCAAGCACAUCGAGCUGCUCGGCAAGAAGCCCCCCGAGGUGGGCGUGGUGCCGGCCGCUCCCACACCCAGCAUGCCUGCCCUGGGCGGCUAUGGGAUGUACCACCAGUUCUACCCAGCCCAGCAGCAGGCGCCACCGCCUCCUCAACAGCAGCAGCAGCAGCAGUACAUGGUGCAGACGGGGCCCGAUGUCAUGCAGCCCGGAAAGGCACCCGGAAUGCCACCUACGCUGGCCCAGGCACAGGCACAGGUCCAGCAGCAGCAACAGCAGCUGCAACCGGGUGCGCCUCCGCCUACCUCACAGCCGCAGACACAUCUGCUGGUGCCACCCUCCCAGCAGGCGGUUAGUGCCCACCUGGCCGAUUACAGAAACAAGAACAAGGAUCCGCCUCUGGAUCUGAUGACCAAGCCACAGCCCGGCCAGCAGUCAAAUCAUCAGCCACUGCAGACGGGACCACCACCCGGCCAGGGGGAGAAUGUCGGAAAAGAGAGAGGUGCCCCGCCCACAUCCCAAACGGGCAUCCAGCCGCCGCCUGUGAAUCUCAGUGCCGUGACUGGCCCGCCGCCUGGAGCCCUGCCUCCCGGCCUGGGGGGCCUCUCACCACUGGGUGCUGCCGCCCUUGGCGGUCCAACGCCCGGAAAAGGCAUGCCCCACUUCUAUCCCUUCAACUUUAUUCCGCCUGCGUAUCCGUACAAUGUCGAUCCGAACUUUGGGCCCGUUUCCAUUAUGGGCUCCUCCGAGGAGGCGGCGAAGCUGGGCGGGCAUCCUGGUCUGCCCGGGUCGCAAGCCCAGCAGCUAUCAGGGAUCAGCAUCAAGGAGGAACGGCUCAAGGAGAGUCCCAGUCCACACGACAACCCCAAGCACAUGGCGCCCCAGCAACAGCUGCUGGCCAACAAGCUGAUCAAGCAGGAGCCGAUGACAAAGCAGGAGAUCAAGCAGGAGCCGAACUCCAAUCCUGGCCAGCAACACCCGCCGCCAUCUCAGGCCCAGGCCCCGCAACCACAGCAGCAGCCCCAGCAGCCUCACGCCCUGCAUCCCAAGGAUCUACAGGCCCUGGGCGCGUACCCAGCCAUCUACCAGCGUCACUCGAUGAGCUUGGCGGCGGUGCAACAGGCACGCGACGAGGAGCUGCGACGGUAUUACAUGUUUACUGGUCGACAAAACCAGGCAGCAGCCGCUGCUGCUGCUGCUGCGGCCGCUCAGAAUGCUGCCAGUGGCGGGGGCCCUGGAGGGCUUCCGCCUCAUCCCGGCAUGCUGCACAAGGAUGAGUCGAAUCUUAGCCUGCAGCAGCAGCAACAACAGCAUAUGACUCUGGCCCAGCAUCAGCAGCAGGCGAUCCAACAGCAUCACCAGCAUCUCCAGCAGCAACAUCAUCAUCAGCAGCAGCAUCAGGCGCAGCAGCAGGCACAGCAACAGCAGCAGCAACAGCAAGCUCAGCAGCAGGCUCAGCAACAGCAACAACAACAGCAGCAACAGCAGCAACAACAGCAGCAGCAGCAACAACAACAGCAGCAACAGAAGCUAAAGCAGGCUCAGGCGUCGUCAGUGGCAAACAACAAGGCCACGAAUCUGACAAAGGACUCGCCGAAGCAAAAGAACAACUCUGGCGAGGAUGAGCAACAGCAGCAGCAGCUGAAGGUGAAGCAGGAGGGUCAGAAGCCAACAAUGGAAACACAGGGACCGCCGCCACCGCCUACGUCGCAGUACUUCCUUCACCCCUCGUAUAUAUCGCCGAAUCCGUUUGGUUUCGAUCCCAACCAUCCCAUGUACCGCAACGUGCUGAUGUCGGCAGCCGGCCCGUACAACACGGCACCGUACCAUCUUCCAAUACCACGCUAUCAUGCGCCAGAAGAUCUCUCUCGCAAUACGGGCACCAAGGCACUGGAUGCACUGCAUCAUGCAGCCAACCAGUACUACACUACGCACAAGAUCCAUGAGCUCAGCGAACGUGCCCUCAAGUCGCCCACCAGCGGCAGCGGCCCCGUCAAGGUGAGCGUCAGCAGUCCCAGCAUCGGACCACCCCAGUCGGGUGGCCCAUCAAACAGCGGUCCGGGCUCCGGUCCCAAUGUCCCCGGUGGCAACGGGCCCAGCCAGCCCGGUUCGGGUCCUGGGUGUGCGGGCGGUGUGCCGCUGAACCUACAGCCACCAUCAGGAGGAUUGGGCUCGACGCCCGGUAAUAAGCCCGACCUGGCCAGCCAGAAGCAGCACGGAGUGCCGCCUGGCUCAGCGCUAGACGCGCACAAACAGACGAUGCCUGGUGGCCCACCACCCAGUGGACCACCCGGCAACGGCGGUGUGGGAGGAGUCGGUGGAUCCGCUGUGAAUGGCCCUGCGGGUGGAGGUGGCGCAGGUGCCGCUGACUCCCGCAGUCCGCCGCCCCAAAGGCACGUGCACACUCAUCACCACACGCACGUAGGACUCGGUUAUCCCAUGUAUCCGGCGCCCUAUGGAGCGGCUGUCUUGGCUAGCCAGCAGGCGGCUGCUGUAGCUGUGAUAAACCCGUUUCCGCCAGGACCGUCGAAAUGAGAACCAAUGAAUGGGAGCAGCGAGAAGGUGUAUAACGUGAAGAACAACUAACGUGGAGCGGAAUGGAAAACUGAAUGGGAAUCUACAAUGUGCGAAUGCAUUUGCUGUUUUUAUAAAAAUGAUUGUCCCACGAACCGAACCCAAGACCAUCUCCUUGGGCACGCCGCCAACUUUUUCCCGUCGAAUCCUGUCUAGGUCUUCUAUGCGUCUCAACAGUCCUUCGGAUACUAAAUGCAUGAAAUCGAGUUAAUAAGGAAUAGACUAUUUAUAUACAUAUGUAUUUUUUGUAUGUUUCGUUCAACGUGGUUAACUAUAGCUAUCCUAAGGUAUCACUACUAUUAGCACAUACAACCUAUACAUAUAUAAAUAUAUAUAGCAUAACUACUACUAUAGCUACUAUAGUUUUUUCCUAAGUGUAUUUGCAUAUACAUAUAGAUAUCUAUAUUUAUAUAUAUAUUACUGUAUGUCAUACGAAAGAGGCGUAAUCGAAUAUGAACAAACAGACAGACGAAGAAAAGAAUAUGCUGCAAAGAAACAAAAAAAAAAAAAAAAAACAGACAAACCCCGAAACUGUAUGUAGUGUGUUGAUUUCUUUGUAAAAAAUAACCAUUUAACGAAAACUAACCAGAGAUAAGGAACAUAAACGAAUUAAUAUUGUUUAACGAUUAAAUUAUGCUAGUAGACCGUACAAUUUUAGCAUUCAGAGUUUUGUAUUAGUUAUCCCUAUCUGUGUUGCGGAUGGAGGCUGCGCGAGAUUUGCAUCUAAAAGACAAAUUGGGCGCGCCGCCCAAUCAUUCAUUAUAUAUACAAAAUAUAUAUAUAUAUAUAUAUGUGUAUCUGUAUCUAUAUCUAUUGUAUGUGUAUGUGUGUACUACUCGUGUCUGUAGUUUCUUGCUAUAAGUUCUCUAUGAAUGAAAAUGAUUCGACAUUUUUGGCCAGCAGCCAACGCAACAGCAGCAGCAGCAGUCACACUGAUUUAAAUUGUUUCUAAGCAUCAAUUUGUACUUUAAAUAUACAUAUAUUUAUGCACAUGCAUCGGCAUAUGUGAUAUGAUAAUAGCGACAUAUGUAUGUGUAAUUGCAUAUGCAUUUAUCUAUGCGAACGUCGGCGUGUAGUAGUUCGUCAGCCGCUUCAUAGUCUCUACGCGCGUGAUUUAUGGCACUUAAUGUUCUUUAGCCUAAGCUCCCAGACAAAAACCAAACCUAAACUAACCCAAACCCACCACCCAAAAAGAAUCCGUUUUCCCAAACAACAAUUCUUCUAUAGAAUUUACAAAUAAAAACCAAGUAUUGAUUGUAAAUAUACCUUAAAGCGAGUCUUUUGUAUUGUACUGUAUUGUAUUGUAAAUUAGUUCAAAAAUGAAUGAUUUGAUGGCUAGUGGAGAGGAGAUAUUUAUUGCAUUGCUGCAUGUUAUGUUAUAAACAUUAAAGCAUAUGUAUAGCAAUAUGUAUUUGCAGCCGCUACUGCGGCACAGCACAGCAGUAAAGUAACUUCGAAAUGUAGCCCCACAAAGAAACAAAGAUACGCGAGAGCCAUUUGUCGUAUAUUAAAAUUUGAUCAAUGUCUUCAUGUGUAGAUCAGUUGUGCACUUGUUAUUGUUGUCCUUACAAAUCUCAAAAAACCACUUUAAAGUCUCUAGGUGUUUGACAUUCACAGUGCAAUUUGUAACCCCAAUCCAAUCCUUAACCAGAAUCAAUUCACGGAUACACAUACGCAACGUAAUAAUUUAGUGAGGAUUAACAAACAUUACCAUCACAUCACUGCUUAUCGAAUGGUACAAGUAGUUUUAUACGGCACAGUAAAUGUAUUUUAGAAGUGAAACGAAAACAAAGAUGACAUUGAAUUGAAUUCGAAACAAUGAAAUUGUAUCUAAGCGAAUGAAGCCCCCAAAACCAACCCACCCCAUGGCAGGGUGUGCGGCGGACUGGGAUUGGUAUGUGAGCAGCCUCAAAAACGGAGGUGGAAUCAACAAACAGCUAACUAAAGCAAAUCAUUCAUACAAAUAUAUUACAAAUUAUGAAAAAAAUACAUACAUAACUAGUGGCUAAGAAAAUUUCAAGAAAAUAUAGUACACAUAUUUAAAGUAUACAGAAAUUAUAAAAACAGCUUUAGAUGUGAAUAAAAAAAUAUGUAAUUAAA